AUGGCCGAUCCGGACACGUCCUAUACCAUAGAGACGGAGCAGCAACUAUGGGACGAACUCGAGAGAGUUGUUGCGACGCAGUGCCCCGGCCACGCCCACGAGACCAUCGAUGAUGCGCUGCGAACAUGGCUGCACCUCGCCGCCAAGUGUCGCGACGAGUUCUCGCAGUCCGAGGACGACGUCGCGGCCUGCUCCCAGCGGCUGAUUGGGGGCAGCCUGUUCAAUGCGAACAGAGACUACGUGCGCACCCAGAUCAUCUACAGCUUGAUGGAGGAGGACGAGGCAGGGCCCCUCUACGUCAUCGCAACCUUCCUCCUGCUCGACGGCCGCCACGAGGACUCGGCCUAUCGCAGCAUGAUCGACGCCGGCUGCUUCCACCGUCUGCUGGAGCUCAUCAACGGCAACAACGAGAGCGAUCCGAGCCUGCACCGGCUGCUGCUCCAGCUCAUGUACGAGAUGUCCCGCAUCGAGAAACUGCGCAGCGACGAUCUCUUGCACGUCGACGACGGCUUCGUGACCUAUCUCUUCCAGCUGAUCGAGGGUCUCGCCGACGACGUCCACGAUCCGUACCACUACCCCAUCAUCCGUGUUCUGUUGGUUCUGAACGAACAAUACAUGGUCGCCUCCACCGAGGCCAUCACUGACGCCAGCUCCCCCAUGGCAUCCAUCACGAACCGUGUCGUCAAGUGCCUCUCUCUCUACGGGCCCAUGUACCGCACCUUUGGCGAGAAUCUCAUCCUUCUCCUCAACCGCGAGACCGAGACGUCUCUGCAGCUUCUUAUCCUCAAGCUACUCUACCUGCUGUUCACCACCAAGGCCACGUACGAGUACUUCUACACCAACGAUCUGCGCGUGCUCCUUGAUGUCAUAAUACGUAAUUUGCUUGAUCUGCCCAAUGAGUACCUGUCGCUGCGUCACACCUACCUCCGGGUCCUGUACCCUUUGCUGGCGCAUACGCAGCUCAGCCAACCACCACACUACAAGAGGGACGAAAUCAUCAAGGUCCUCAACAUUCUCGCCGGAACGGGCAACUUCCACUUCGCACCGCCGGACGAGACAACGGCAAGGCUAGUAGACCGGGUGUCCAAGGUGAAAUGGCUGGCCGAAGCAGGGGCCGGCGCCGGAGAGAUCGCGCGGAAGUUCUUGGGCAUCAGCCUGGAGUCGAGUGAUUCCGCCAGCAAGAUUAGUGUCGUUGACGUGGCGGCCGUGACGGAGAAGCCCGGGGUCAAAACACCCAGCCGCAAGGCCGAGUUCGACACGGCCGAGGUCUCGUCUCCCGAGACCGACGCCAAAUCCAUCGGGGACGAAACGAAGGGGGCCCCAUCCAGGCGGCCGAAGAAGCCGUUGCCCGAGGUGCCCAGGCACAGGCAUGGUGUCCCUGUUCCCGUUGCACGCAACGGGAAUGGCAGUCCGCUUCCGGAGAAGAAGCUGCCGCCGAAGGCUCCGCCCCCAAGACGGAAGAACAGGGUACAGGCGGCGGAAGCAGCACCGGCUCCCGCAUCCUAG